AUGUUUCAUUACAGGUCGACAGAUAACGAUAACAAGAAGGAAGAUCCCCCCAAUAUAAGCAAAGCUGCAACUGGUGGCGCAAGUGAAAAUAAUGGACAAAGCCACGAAGAUGUGGCCUCGUCGUCGUCGUCAGCCAGGCUUCAUGAAGUAAGGCCUUUGUCAAUUGCCUCGGGUGAGGUGCCACGAGAGGAUUUGGCAGUUGCCUCUAGUAGAGAACUCGAAGCGCAACCCUUGCUUGACCCGGACGACCCCAAAGUGUCACCUUUGAACUUGGACAGGAUCAAGGCGUUGAAAUUGUUUCAAACGGGAUUAGUUUUUGUCAACUUGGUCUUGUUUGUUGUUUUGCUAUUUAGCGAGUUUUUCGCUAUACCGGGCUUCAACAACCGAGGCAAGUCAUUUUUGGAAUUGGAUCUUGCGUUGAUUGCGCUCUUUAUCAGCCUCGUUAAUAAUUUGUUCUUCAUUGUGCCUUCUUAUUACGAAAGGCUUGGUGGCUACAUCGUUUCCGGGUUUUUGUUGUUUGACUUGUUAUUGGUGUUGAUUGUGCCUGGUACAAGAGACUCGUUGGGGGUCUUGGGAGGCAGUUUGUUAUUGUGGGUGUGUUUAAACUCGUUGCUCAGCUCCUUAAUUGACUACUGGGUCGAAGAAGGCAAGCACUAUCAAGAGAUUAGACUAACGGGGAGAAUCGAAAAGAGGAAAAGCGUUGCAGAACUAUCCGUUAUACUCGUCAAGAUUGUGUUUGAACUGUUUAUUUUAUGGGUCAUUUGGUGUGUUAGUUUAACGUUGUGGCUCGCUUGUUUUGAUACACAUGAAAAGCCCUGGGGUAAACUAGUGCCAGUUGAUAACAACCAGUUUAGAGUGCACUUGGCCUGUUUUGGCGACGUUUACAAGAAAUCAGAUCAACCGAUCAUCUUGGUUGAAAGUGGCCAAAUCACUUCGAGUGAGGUAUUUCAAGAAUGGAUCGAGGAGUUGUACCAAUUGGGGAGAGUUGAACGAUACUGUAUAUGGGACAGACCAGGAUAUGCCUGGUCUGAUUCUGCGCCCCCGCCAGAUUCAAUUGGUAUUGUAAGUGAGUAUCUAGGCGAAGCUUUGAGAGCAGAAAAGAUUGAAGGGCCCUUUACAUUGGUUGGAUUUGAUAUUGGAGGAUUAUAUUCGCGGUUAUUCGCGAGUAGGAACAAGGGCAUUGUCCAGUCUAUUUUAUUGGUCGACGCGUGGUCGGUUGACUUGUUGAAGAAAUGGCCAUUUAGCGGCAGCGGCAAGAAGAAUGAGCCAACAAAAGUUUUCAAAAACUCGUUGGAAGUUAUGGAUAAUUGGACGGGGAUGAAGUUAUGGCUAAAAGGGUUUAUAUCGCCUUUGGGGAUAAUCCCAGAUUUGCACUGGUUCCUACACCCCAUGAAAUUUUCCAGCAAGAGUAGGAUCUUUGGAAGGGACAUGUACUACAGCUCAAAGUAUAUCAGAGCAAGGUGUCAAGAGCAAUUGGUCUCGGGGAUCUUGUCCUAUAACGAAGUUCGAGAGUCGGAUAUAAGCGACGUACCGUUGGCGGUUAUUUCGAGUGACGUUAUGAUUAAAAAGUCGCUCAACUGGGGCAAAUGGCAGCGAGAAUUGACCCAGUUGAGCACCAAGACCACGGAGUGGGUUGUUGCCGAGAAUAGUAACCACUUUAUCUGGCAAAGUCCCAAGGGUAGAAAGCAAUUGCAGGACUUGUUGUUGAGAUUGAUUGGCGAGGAAAAGUAUUAA